AUGGCAACUGCAGUUUCAACUCCAAAAAGACACACCAAAUCUCAAUCAACUUAUGCGUUUGACAAUACAGCAACCAAUGUCGCUGCUUCGCAAAUGAGAAAUGCUUUGAACAAUUUGGCAGACACUGUCAAGGAUCCAGAAGUUAAGAGAAAGUUUGAAAAUGAAAUGGAUAACUUUUUUUCUUUGUUUAGAAGAUACUUGACUGAGAAGGCCUCUGGUACCACCUUGGAUUGGGAAAAGAUUAGGUCACCAUCGGCUGACGAAGUUGUUGCUUACACCAAACUUGACGAUGAUAAAUCCAAUGCAUCGGCUAAUUUGUCUAAAUUGGCUGUUUUGAAACUUAAUGGUGGUUUGGGUACUUCAAUGGGUUGUGUUGGUCCAAAAUCCGUUAUUGAAGUAAGAGAUGGCAACACCUUUUUGGACUUGUCAGUUAGACAAAUUGAACACUUGAAUAGAACUUUUGAUGCUGAUGUUCCUUUGCUUUUGAUGAAUUCGUUCAACACCGAUGCCGAUACUGCCAAGAUUAUCAAAAAGUAUCAAGGUCACAGAAUAAGAGUCAAGACUUUUAACCAAUCGAGAUUCCCAAGAAUAUACAAAGACUCUUUGUUGCCAGUUCCAGAGUCCUAUGAUGACUCACUUGACAGUUGGUACCCACCUGGACACGGUGAUUUGUUUGAAGCUUUAGUGCAAUCAGGUGAACUUGACGCAUUGUUGGCUCAAGGAAGGGAAAUCUUGUUUGUGUCCAAUGGUGAUAACUUGGGUGCAACUGUUAACAACAAAAUUCUUUCACAUAUGAUCGAAACUGGUGCCGAGUACAUCAUGGAAUUGACUGACAAGACAAGAGCUGAUGUCAAAGGUGGUACAUUGAUCAAUUAUCAAGGAGAAGUUAGAUUAUUAGAAAUUGCACAAGUUCCAAAAGAACAUGUCGAAGAGUUCAAAAGUAUUAAAAAAUUCAAAUACUUCAAUACCAACAAUUUGUGGAUCAAUUUGAGAGCUAUCAAAAACUUGGUUGAAGCAAAUGCAAUUGAGGCUGAAAUUAUUCCAAAUCAAAAAUCGAUCUCCAAGGGUCACUCUGAGAUCAAUGUUUUGCAAUUGGAAACUGCUGUUGGUGCUGCUAUUAGACAUUUUAAGGGAGCUCACGGUGUGGUUGUGCCAAGAUCGAGGUUCUUGCCUGUUAAGACCUGUUCCGAUUUGUUGUUGGUUAAAUCCGAUCUCUUUUACUUGGAACAUGGUGCAUUGAAAUUGGAUCCUGUAAGAGACGGUUUUUCCAACCCAUUGAUUAAAUUGGGAUCUCAUUUCAAGAAAGUGAGUGGUUUCCAAACGAGAAUUCCUCACAUGCCAGGGAUCUUGGAAUUAGACCAUUUGACCAUCACUGGAAAUGUCCACAUUGGUAAAGGUGUACAAUUGAAAGGUACUGUGAUCAUUGUUUGUAACGAUGGUGAUAAGAUCGAUAUUCCAAAUGGGUCAAUCUUGGAGAAUGUUGUGGUUACUGGUAACUUGACCCUUUUAGAACAUUAA